AUGUGGGUGGCUCUGCCCCUCUGCCUGCUGUCCGCUCUCCUGGCCACAGGGAGCGCUCUGCAAUGCGAGGUGUGUGCGUCCAGAGAGCAAUCGUGCUCCGGCCGCCUGCAGCCCUGCGCCCCCUCGGAAGGGACCUGCGUCACCGUCGUGGCAGAGUUCGGGCUAAAGGGAAACUCCAUAUCCUACACGGCUAAAUCGUGCCUGGAGCCCAAGAACUGUGAGUCCGGUCCCUUCUCGCUGACCUACGCGCACAAUGUCACCGUGCGGGUGAACAUCGCCUGCUGUGACACCGACGGCUGCAACGCCGGGGCCAUCCCAGUGCGAACUGUGAGCUCCGUCCCCAACGGCCGGCAGUGCCUGUCGGUUUUCAAAUUGGAUCCUUUUGACAUUCAGCCGACUGGGAUCUUGGCCUGCACCGGCGCCGAGGACCGUUGUUUUCAGGAUUAUGGGGUGUUAACACGGGGUGACAUCACCAUGAAGAAGGCUGUGGCUGGAUGUGCCUCCCCUGGCGCUUGCAUGAAGAGAGAGGGGGAGAGGAAAUACGUCCAGGGCGUGGUGGAGAACCUGAUCUGGGCCGAGUGCUACCCAGCUCCCAGGGCCAGUGGAGGCAUCGGGGAGCCCUGA